AACUUCCUGAGGAUAAUGAAGCAGGAGGAGCUGGCUGAGCGUCUGCAGAGCAGUACUUUUGCUGCAGUUUGUAAAAAGCAGCUGAAGUCUAGGCUGAAGAAGAAGUCAGAGUGUGUGUUUGAGGGGAUUGUUAAAGCAGGAAACCCAACCCUUCUGGAGCAGAUCUACACGGAGCUCUACAUCACAGAGGGAGGGACUGGAGAUGUCAACGAUGAACAUGAAGUUAGACAGAUUGAAGCAGCUUCCAGGAAACCAGACAGAGCAGAAACAACCAUCAGACAAGAAGACAUCUUUAAACCCCCACCUGGAAGAGGAGGACCAAUCAGAACGGUGAUGACGAAGGGAGUGGCCGGCAUCGGGAAAACAGUUCUAACACAGAAGUUCAGUCUGGACUGGGCUAAAGGCAGAACCAACCAGGACAUCCAGUUCCUGCUUCCAUUCACCUUCAGAGAGCUGAAUGUGCUGAGAAAGAAGAAUUUCAGCUUGGUGGAACUAGUUCAUCACUUCUUCUCUGAAACCAGAGGAAUCUGCAGCUUUGAAGAGUUCCAGGUCGUGUUCAUCUUUGACGGUCUGGAUGAGAGUCGACUUCCUCUGAACUUCCACAAGAAUAAGGACCUGACUGAUGUUACAGAGUCCACCUCAGUGGAUGUGCUGCUGACAAACCUCAUCAGGGGGAACCUGCUUCCUUCUGCUCGUCUCUGGAUCACCACACGACCCGCAGCAGCCAAUCAGAUCCCUCCUGACUGUGUCUCCAUGGUGACAGAAGUCAGAGGGUUCACUGACCCACAGAAGGAGGAAUACUUCACGAAGAGGUUCAUAGAUGAGGAGCAGACCAGCAGGAUCAUCUCCCACAUCAAGACAUCACGGAGCCUCCACAUCAUGUGCCACAUCCCAGUCUUCUGCUGGAUCACUGCUACGGUCCUGGAGAACGUCCUGGAAACCAGAGAGGGAGGGGAGCUGCCCAAGACCCUGACUGAGAUGUACAUCCACUUCCUGGUGGUCCAGGCCAAACUGAAGAAGGUCAAGUAUGACGGAGGAGCUGAGACGGAUCCACACUGGAGUCCAGAGAGCAGGAAGAUGGUCAAGUCUCUGGGAAAACUGGCUUUUGAGCAGCUGCAGAAAGGAAACCUGAUCUUCUAUAAGAAAGACCUGAGGGAGUGUGGCAUCGAUGUCAGAGAGGCUUCAGUGUACUCAGGAGUGUUCACCCAGAUCUUUAGGGAGGAGAGUGGCCUUGUCCAGGACCACGUCUUCUGCUUCAUCCAUCUGAGUGUCCAGGAGUUUCUGGCUGCUCUUCAUGUCCAUCGGACCUUCAUCAAUUCUGGAGUCAACCUGCUGGAGGAACAAAAGAAUACUUCCUGGUGGUUUGAAACAAGAGCCAUGACUAAGCUCCAUCAGAGUGCUGUGGACAAGGCCUUACAGAGUCCCAACGGACACCUGGACUUGUUCCUCCGCUUCCUCCUGGGUCUUUCAUUGGAGACCAAUCAGACUCUCCUACGAGGUCUGUUGGAACCAAAACAAAGAAGAUCACAGAACAAUCAGGAAACAGUUAAAUACAUCAAGAAGAAGAUCAGUGAGGAUCUGUCUGCAGAGAGAAGCAUCAACCUGUUCCACUGUCUGAAUGAACUGAACGAUCGGUCUCUGGUGGAGGAGGUCCAACAGUACCUGAGAUCAGGACGUCUCUUCACAGAUGAACUGUCUCCUGCUCAGUGGUCGGCUCUGGCCUUCAUCUUACUGUCAUCAGGAGAUCUGGAGGUGUUUGACCUGAAGAAGUUCUCAGCUUCAGAGGAGGCUCUACGGAGGCUGCUGCCGGUGGUCAAAGCCUCCAAGAAAGCUGUGUUGAGUGGCUGUAACCUCUCAGAGGACAUCUGUCCACUUCUGUCCUCCGUUCUCAGCUCUCAGUCCUCCAGUCUGACAGAACUGGACCUGAGUAACAACAACCUGCAAAAUUCUGGACUGGAGCAGCUGUGUCCUGGACUGGAGAGUCCACACUGUCACCUGGAGUCUCUCAGGUUGAGUGGCUGUCACCUCUCAGGGGACAUCUGUCCACUUCUGUCCUCAGUUCUCAGCUCUCAGUCCUCCAGUCUGACAGAACUGGACCUGAGCAACAACGACCUGCAGGAUUCAGGACUGAAGAAGCUGUGUCCUGGACUGGAGAGUCCACACUGUCACCUGGAGACUCUCAGGCUGUCAGGCUGUCUGAUCUCAGAGGAAGGAAGUGCUUCUCUGGUCUCAGCUCUGACCUCCAACCCCUCCCACCUGAGAGAGCUGGACCUGAGCUACAACCAUCCAGGGGAGUCAGCAAGGAAGCUUCUGUCUAGACUGGAGGAUCCCCGCUGGAGACUGGACACUCUCAGGGUGGAGCCUGCUGGACAGCGAUUUCUGACACCAGGAGGUCUGAGGAAGUAUUCCUGUCAACUCACCAUCGACACAAACACAGUAAACAAAUACAUCCAACUGUGUGACAACAACAGGAAGAUGAUGGAUGUGAAGGAGGAUCAGUCAUAUCCUCGUCAUCCAGACAGGUUUGAUGGUGAGCCUCAGCUGCUGUGUAGAGAAGUUCUGACGGGUCGCUGUUACUGGGAGGUCCAGAAGAGAGGGAAUGUUUCUGUAUCAGUGAGUUACAGAAGAAUCAGCAGGAGAGGAAACUCUAAAGACUCUGUGUUUGGAUGGAACCAUCAUUCCUGGAGUCUGUAUGGUUCUGAUGAUGGUCGGUACCAAGUCUGUCACAAUAACAAACUAACAUCUCCCUCCUCCCCUUCCUCAGUCUCUGACAGAGUAGCAGUGUACGUGGACGUUCCUGCUGGAACUCUGUCCUUCUACAGGGUCUCCUCUGACAGACUGAUUCACCUCCACACCUUCAACACCACAUUCACUGAACCUCUCUAUCCUGGGUUCUGGAUUGGUUCUGGUUCUUCAGUGUCUCUGUGUUGA